GGAUGCAUUGUUAAAACAGAAUGUCAAGUUCAGUAUGUGGUUAAAAACCUGUAUGACAUUUUCCAAGAGAGAAAAGUUGGAAGAAAGAGAAGGUGGUGUGUUUACUUAAAUGAGGUUGACUGCAUAUUGGCAGAUUUUGUGAUUCUCUCGGUCUGCUGUGCUUCGAGAACUGCCUACCCUUACAUGCUAUUUAAAGGGAUAGUAAGUUGUGGAUGGCCAACUGGUUACUGGUUCUUUCACAGCAUUAUAGACAAGCUGAAACAUAUCUUAGGUUUUAAGUCAAGUCAUGCAAUGGUGCUUAAUGCAAUGGGAUAUGAUAAGAGUGAUGGGAAAAUUAUAUUAGAAAAAGAAACAAAUAAAAUUUGCUUUACUCCACCCAAUGAUCCUUUACUGCCAAGAAAGAUAGAGGCCUUUCAAAAGAUAACUAAGACAUUAGGGUGAAUUCUAUUCAUGUCAAAGUACCAGAGCACUUCAGUUCAUCUUUUAGGUGGCUGCAAUGCAUCACCAGAUCAUUUAGGUGGUGUUUGUAAUCCACAAGGUCAGGUUUAUGAUCCAGACUCUCCUGGUUCAGUGCAUCAGGGCCUCUAUGUGUGUGAUGCUUCUAUAAUCCCGUGUUCAAUUGGUGUAAACCCUGCUCUUACUAUUGCUACAGUAUCUGAGUAUGUAAGCAAGCACCUUGUGAAGGAUAUUAUUGGCUUCAAGAGAGAAAAGGGCACAGAUUUUCCUUUUAAAUCUGUCUAUCAGAAUCCAUGCGUCGACAACAAUGAGACUAAGAGGACCAAUAAAGGAAAUGUUCUGAUCAAAGAAGUCAUAAGAGGUUAUGUGGGGGUUAUGCCAUGUACUGCUUUUCUUAAAAUCAACAUAUAGUUGCAGGACCAGGAGGGUUUUGAUGAGGAUCCACUUUUAAGAGGAAAAGUUGGUGGUUACAUCAUAUUUAGAGUCAUAGACAAGGAAAAGUUACCUAUUAUGGCUGGGGAAAUGGAUAUCUGUCAAGUAGAUUACCAUACUCCCUACACACAGUAUAUGUAUUGUCACCUUCUUCUGGCAUCUUCCUCUGGUUCUAGGUAUGUUCUUGAGGGAAGGAAGACCAUGAAUCCUUAUCUGUUUCCACUACAUGCUUGGAGGGAUAUGACACCAUUACAUGUGACACUCAGAAGAGUAGGUGGGAACUUGUCUGCAGAUGAAACAAUGAAUUUACAGGGAGAGCUUAGAAUUUCCAUGAUUGACUCACUGAAGAGUCUUGUAAGCCUUGAAGGAAAUGGAAGAAGAAGGUUCAGACAUCUUUUUCUGCAGACUCUAUUGAGAACUUACAUUUUUCAGGUACCAUGAGGAAGUCACAGGGAUCAUGCCCUUAAUGUUCUGGACAAGUCUUAUCCAAGCAGUACUCUUCAUGAAAUGAGAACAGAAGAUGUACAAAUUAUCAGCUGCAGGCAGUGGAAAAGUAACAGUCAAAGAAGAGGGAAGCAUUUGGGAGGAAGAAAACUAAAUCCUGUUCUUCUUCUUAAUGGACAUUCUACUGAGAGUUACUAUCUGUCAAUAGAACCAAAUGAUUUAGUCAGAACUUUAUUGGAAGAAGGGCUUGAGAUUCAUAUCUGCAACUCUGGAUUCAUAGUGGACAGCAGUGGAAAAUAUUCAUAUCUAAUCCAUCCAGAGAGAAUGGCUCUGUCAACACUAUACGUCUCGGGGGUACGCAGCCUUGUGACUCCUGAGACAUCUUUUCUAGCCAACAAGUACAUGAAACUGCAUCAACCUGGUUUUAGACAUGAAAGGGUUGUUGUGGAGGGUUUUGGACAUUCAGAUUUAUUGAUUGGAGAAGAGUCUCAUGCGAAGGCUUUCCCUCACAUUUUAUCCCACAUAAGAUUAGCUGAACAAGAGGAUGUCACCCCAAUCCCCACUGACAGCACCUGCAGAAAGGGUGGCAGGCGUGGAAGAGGCUGUGAUUCUUUGCUUCAUAUCUGUUCUUCAGCUGCCAUCGUGAUACUGAGAUAUCUAUUAGUCUGUCCUUUUUGUGCUAGUUAAAAUGCAAAGUAUGAUAUGAUUGCACAUUUGUAGUGCUGAAUUGGUUUUGGUUGACAUUGACAUCUGAGUUUACAUAGAACAAAAGUUGGCUUGUCUAUUUACCACCAUUUUCAAGCGCUUCUAUUUCAAUUCGUCAUUUGGUUUUUCAUACGCAUUGAGUUUACGCA